AUGUUGUGGCCUAGUAUUAUGGGAGUCCUUCAAGAACAAAGCGUUCCAGUUCUCAAAAAGCCGGCAAUUCGAGCCUUUUCGCAGUGUCCAUGGGUGUCACUUAACAACAGAGCCUUCUGUUCUAUAAAUGAAAAUAUAUCUGAAGGUUUUAAUAAAACAAAAGACGAAAGGAUAGCGUUUGGUCGUGAUUCGUCAAAGGAAGGUGUCGCGGCUCUGGGAUUGGAUUACUUGGACAUGAUAUGCAAACAUGUGCACCUUCAUCUCCUUAUGCGGAAGGCUCACCUGGCUCUCUAA